GGAGGUGGACAAGAAGGGAGGGCCCCACUCUCGUUCGCCCCAAAGGCUCAUCUCUUUUUCUCCCUCUAGACUCUAGAAUAAGAAAAAUCCAAAAAAAAUAAAAAAAGAAAAACUCCAAAAAAAUAAAAAAACACUUCGAUUUUGCCCUAAAAUUUCAAAUUCUUAUUUCUCUUCGCCGCCUCAUAUUGUUCCUGUUCAAACCCUAAUCUUACAAAUCGCUCUCUCUCCACACACAUAAUUUAUUUGUAUAUAUUUCGGUGUUGUUGUCUCAUUUUCUAUCAUCGAUUCAUGGUUGAAAGUUUGAAUCUUUAUUUAUUGAAAGAUCUGAUUUUGGUUUGAGAGUUUCAAAGGAAUCCGUUUUUAUUCCGGCGAUUGUAUGGUCGGAAGUGGUGAGGGUUAAUUUAUCAUUUGACUGAAAGUAAAAUCUUCGGCGAAAAUGUCGAUUUUGCCAAAAACCGAGUCGAUUCUCAUCCGAGAGGUUUGGAUUGACAAUCUGGAGGAAGAAUUCGCGUUAAUCCGCGAAGUUGUCGAUGAAUUUCCGUACAUUGCAAUGGAUACGGAGUUUCCCGGUGUCGUAAUCCGGCCGGUCGGGAAUUUUAAGAAUAGUUACGAUUAUCAUUACCAAACCCUAAAGGAUAACGUGGAUAUGUUGAAAUUGAUUCAGUUAGGGCUGACAUUUUCGGAUGAAAAGGGCAACUUGCCCAAGUGUGGGACAGACAAGUACUGCAUUUGGCAAUUCAAUUUCCGCGAAUUCAACCCUAACGAGGAUGUUUUCGCCAAUGAUUCGAUUGAGUUGUUGCGCCAGAGUGGCAUUGAUUUUACCAAGAACAUUGAAAAGGGUAUUGAUGCCAAGCGCUUUGGGGAGCUCUUGAUGUCGUCAGGGAUUGUGCUGAAUGAUAAUGUGUAUUGGGUUACUUUUCAUAGUGGCUAUGAUUUCGGGUACCUGUUGAAUCUGUUGACUUGCCAGGAUUUGCCUGAUACACAGGCGGAUUUCUUUACCUUGAUGAAUGUGUACUUUCCUGUCAUUUUCGACAUCAAGCACUUGAUGAAGUUCUGUAAUAGCCUUCAUGGUGGAUUGAACAAACUCGCGGAGCUCUUGGAGGUUGAGAGGGUUGGUGUUUGUCAUCAAGCGGGUUCAGAUAGCUUGCUCACAGCUUGUACCUUUAGGAAGUUGAAAGAAAACUUCUUCAGUUGUUCACUGGAGAAGUAUGCAGGUGUCUUGUAUGGUCUAGGUGUUGAGAAUGGGCAGAACAAUACCCAUUGAAGAAAAAAAAUUAAAAAUUAAAAUAUGAAAAAAGAUAGAUAUGUAUUACUUGUGUGUGCUGUAUGAUGCCACACUUCCAAUGUAUACUUUUGGUAAAAAGGUUUGUGGUUAUUUAUGAUAUCCACCUUAUUUUGGCUUAAUA